AGUGUGGACUUGCUGGCUUGCUUCUCCAUUUUGUAUGUUUUGCUUGAAGGUUGCGCCUACUUGACUAACGGCUCGGCUUUCUGGGCAGCGUCGUAGCUCAUCUUGUUUACUUGCAGCCGACUCUCGCCGUGUAUAGCAGCGAGAGAACUUUUAAAGAAUGCGACGCUGAAGGAUUAAAUACAGAAUCGGCGUGUUGUGGUCGGCCACUUUGAACCAUAACAAUGCGGCCAGACGACCUGAGGGCUCCCACCAACGAGCAUUCAUUUCAAGGAUGGACCAAGGUGAAGUAAAGAUAACAUUCAGAAGAGAUGACCAUUCAGGCAAACUGUUCUACAACGAAUUCCCAGAGGGGGGAGAUUCCUUGAAAGUGGCCCCUCAAAGUGCCAUCAAUUCUACCGCCUCUGUUAUUCACCCAUCUAGCCAGUUAAUGCAGCCUGGAAAGUCUAACGGCCUCAAUAGCAUCUCUGCUCCAAUGGAAGUGAUAUCCUCUUCCCUCACUGCAAACGUUGGCCCCUUGCAAGAAGAUCCCCAGCAACGGGGCCUGACCAAAGAGCAGAGACCGUCCAGUCGCCAAAACCUUGGCGUGAACUUGUUGAAUCUGGGGGGCAAAAUAUCACAGUUAACCCCGUCUUCCAUGGAUUCCCUAAUUGGGGGAUCCGAUCCAAACUUUUUCACCAUGAAAACUGAGGAUUUCUCUCUGGAUAGAGUAGGCCAUGAUCUAAUUGACUUGGAUCAUGCAUUUGAACACAUCGGGAAAGACAUCGACAUGAGCCAGAAACUAUUUGGCGAUAACACUCUGGAUCUGCUCGGUGACUUUGAGCUCACAGGCUCCCCUUCAGAUUUUUAUGCUGGGGAUGACGCCUUCCUGUCCACUCUGGCAGACGACGCUUUAUUCGUGGAUGCCGGUUCAGACACCAGGGAAAACAAGUCUGCUAUCGCAGAGGUCGCUAAUGGCAGUGGCUCACUCGCUCUCAAUGGUAACAACUGUGUGGCCAGUCCUGAUCAGUCCGGCUCAUGCAUAUCCUCACCUGCCACCCUGACCCCUACAGCCGCUUUGGUGAAGAAAGAAAAAGAUGCCGACUUUAUCCAGCUAUGCACCCAAGGUGUGAUCAAACAAGAGAAGAUGGCUGCCGGCAAGACUUACUGCCAAAUAAGCAGCAGCACUUCCACAGACCUGCCCAUCUCUAGCCCAAUCGCCAUCUGUGGGGUGAGCACCUCGGGAGGUCAGAGCUUCCACUUUGGACUCGGUACACAGCAGCAGAAGGAUCAGAAGUCGGUGACGUGCCAGUAUCUUCCUAUCAGCGCAACCUGGACCAGGGCUCAGACUCCUGGGCAAGUGUCAAGCUUGCAUCAGCCCUCUGAUACUUUCUCAAGCACUUCAGGCUUCCUUACCAACUUGGCCAGCUCAACCUCCCGACAGGAAGGGGCCACGGUGCCGCCCUCGUCGACCCAGGGAAAGAGCGCGACUCACAAAAUCUGCUUGGUUUGCUCCGACGAGGCCUCUGGUUGCCACUAUGGUGUGCUCACUUGUGGCAGUUGCAAGGUGUUUUUCAAAAGGGCAGUGGAAGGGCAACAUAAUUAUUUAUGUGCUGGAAGGAACGACUGCAUCAUAGACAAGAUCAGGAGAAAGAACUGCCCAGCUUGCCGCUUCCGCAAGUGUCUGAUGGCAGGCAUGAAUCUGGAAGCACGUAAGACCAAGAAGUUGAAUCGGUUAAAAGGCGGUCAGACUAGCAACCCACCGGAGGUGCAACUUCCCCCGCCAACCGAGGCCCGUGCACUUGUGCCCAAGUGCAUGCCUCAGCUGGCCCCGACAAUGCUGUCCCUUUUGAAGGCGAUCGAACCCGACAUCCUCUAUGCCGGCUACGAUAGCACCCUGCCUGACACCCUCGCCCGCUUCCUGACUUCUUUGAACAGACUGGGUGGACGACAGCUUAUUUCUGCUGUUAAGUGGGCCAAGGCUUUGCCAGGUUUCAGGAACCUUCACCUGGACGACCAGAUGACUCUGCUCCAAUGCUCCUGGCUCUUCCUCAUGUCGUUCAGCCUGGGAUGGAGGUCUUACCAGCAGUGUAACGGCGACAUCCUCUGUUUUGCCCCGGACCUCAUCAUGAAUGAGGAGCGAAUGAAGCUGCCAUACAUGGCCGAACAGUGUGCACAGAUGAUGAGGAUUAGCAGCGAGUUUGUCCGGCUGCAGGUUUCUUUCGACGAAUAUCUGUGCAUGAAAGUCCUGCUGCUGCUCAGCACAGUGCCAAAAGACGGUCUGAAGAGUCAGGCAGCUUUCGAGGAGAUUCGGAUGUCUUACAUCAAGGAGCUGGGGAAAGCGAUAGUGAAACGAGAGGAGAAUUCCAGCCAGAACUGGCAGCGUUUCUACCAGCUCACUAAGCUGCUGGACUCCAUGCAUGAGAUGGUUGGCAGUCUUCUCAACUUUUGUUUCUACACAUUUAUGAAUAAAUCCCUGAGUGUGGAGUUCCCCGAGAUGCUGGCAGAAAUCAUCAGCUACCAGCUGCCCAAAGUCAAGGCCGGGAGCGUCAAAGCCCUCCUCUUCCACCAGAAAUGACUGUUUCCGCCAAACGGACACAAUGCCUUAAAUAACCCCAAGCCACUCCCCAGCCACUCCCCCACCUCUGUCGAGGACAUGAGUACGUCUUCGGGAGCGAGGAGGUUUUAACGAUUUUAACAAAUAGCAUCACGUCGUCUCAGGUGACUUCCUUCAAAUACACGUCUAUAAUGGAACUCAUAACAGAUAUUUUCUACACAUUUAUCAUUUUACAGGUUGUAGUCGCCUCGAAGCAAACUAAAGUACAUAAAUAUUCAAACACUUUAGUUCGCUGUGGCUAAAUAUAAAAAUAUUACUGACAUUUGCGUGCUUCGAUGUUUCUAACAAUUUCCUAAGAUUGUUGGCCAUUUAAACAGACCUCUUCCAGGUUUACACGCGCCGAUUAUAAAAGGGAAAAAAAAAACAUGUGCCUUUUUUUCGUUUGCGUCAGAUAUCUCAGCCGUCUCUUCCCACCUGCCGGGGGCGUGCCUCUCCUCAGCCCAUCGCCGCCUUACCCCGAUUGUACUUUUCACCACACAUGCAGUGGCAACGCUUCCUUAUUAAUAAGUAGCUGUGUUUUCCUCGCUCCUUGAAGUGCGCGCGUGAGUGAAAACUCACAGCCUGCUCGUCUCCCCCACCUGGUAAUUGAGGUGGGAUUUAGGCACUUUGUACCACGCUAAAGGCUUUAACUGAAGAAUGCAAGGUUUUAGUCCUGAUCUCAAUCAAUACUAUCUUUCCCCUACCCCCCUCCAUCCUUCUGAAGGAAUCAAUUUACCGAAUGUGAUUUGCGUCGACCAAUCAGACAAGAGAUCCUAUUUUCGUGUAGUUAAUGAGUGUGUAAACAAGGCACCUACUGUAGCGUUGUGUUGUGUUGUGUUGUGUUGUGGAGCCCCCAAUGUCACCCGCUGUUUUAUUAACUGCUCCUUUAAAAGAUGGUUACCGUAUUUCCUCAUCUAGAUGUACUCGACUGCACAAAGCACUGGGUAUCUAUUACGGGUUUUAAAAUAUUUUUUGCCCCACCUAUAUUGUUUUUUUUUAAUGUUUUGAUAAUCUAUAUCAGAUUUUCCUUACAUUAAUUUAAUGUAAUACUGCAUAUCAGAGGUGAGAAUCUCUCAGCACCUCCUGAUUCUUGAGAAGAUGAUUAGAUUCAGAAAUAAUUCAAACCGAUUAUUACCCUAUUUGGUAAAAAUAAUGCAAUCUUUUCAAUAGUUGCUGACCUAUACUUGCAGCGCAUAAACAUGGUGUUACGGCUACUCUUUCAUUCUCAAAAGGUUCAAAAAAAUAAAAAUAAAGAUAGCAGAGUAGCCCUGAGGAGGUGGUUUAUGACUCACUAAAUUUCUUAAUAAGCACUCAGAGAUAUUUCUAGAUUCAAAAUGUUCACAAACGCAUUGAAAUGAGAAGGUGUGUCCAAACUUUUGGCCUGUACUGUAUAUGUAAUGUGUACAGAAGUGACAUUAACAUUUGUUUACCGCUAUAACAAGUAAAAAUUUUCCAUUUAGAAAAAACAACAACUUUGCACCGGGAAUGUAUUUGCUCAGCAAUACCUUUGGAUAUAUUGCUGGAAUUGCUGUGUUUUUUAAUGUCGAAAUAAUAUUACUCAUAUUGAAUGAACUGAGCAGCCAAAGAAAAAGCAGACACUUUUUUUUAAGCAUGACUAUCAGCUUUACAGAUGCCAUGUCUGCUGUGGUACUAACCCACCACUAGCAAAUCAUUGUAGAGCAAAUAAUUACCACAAAGUGUGUGGGUCUAACUUAGAUUUGUCGGAGCAUUAUUUGAGGAAAUACGGUAGUUGGUAGUCGUAUUUGUGGCCCCGUGGAUAUUUUGUCUUAAAGUUUGUCGCGCUAUGCUUGUGUUUGCUACAUUCAAACUUGAUCUUCAUUCUUUUGGAUACUAUUUGAGUGCCAAACCGGUGUGUUCUCCUGUGCCCAGCGUUUUCUAUUGGGCUGCAAGCACAGCUGGACUGAAGAAGUGUGCGUGCGUGCGUGCGUGCGUGCGUAUGUGUGCGUGCGUAUGUGUGCGUGCGUAUGUGUGCGUGCGUGCGUGCGUGCGUGCGUGCGUGCGUGCGUGCGUGCGUGUGUGUGCGUGUGUGCGUGUGCGUGCGUUUGUUUAGCACAGAUGAUAAUCUCCCCCUUUGUGUUUUGCUUGCUUGUUGUUUGCGCUGCAAGCUUCUUUGUCUUCGGUUGUUUGUUUUACGUUCAAUCCUGUCAUUUUAUUUGUGUGAAAAACACAAAAUACUCCAGCUUUUAAAAAACAAAAAAAUAUUGAAAAAAAGAAUUGUUUAGUCAUGUCAGGGCGAAAUAGGAAAGAUUCUGUGAACAUGUAAGUGGAAAUCAAUGCUGCCUUCUUGAGAGUAAGGCACUAAAGUCAUGUGAUUUCUCUCAGCCAAUCAGGGAUGGAGGGUAAUCCUAAUCAUGAUAACGUUGCAAUGUAACAAAAGCACUGUAUAGACACGAAUUAGAAAAAAUAUAACAUUUUAAGUAAAAGUCAAUCUUUUUUUUUCAUUGAUUAGCAUCGUACAUUAACUCCUGUUUUUACUUUUUCUGAGAGAGUUGCAAAACGCUUCUGUCCAGGAUCGCUUGCAUGUGUGACGGGAAGAAAAGCUCUGACUCGCUUGGGAAGAAGUUAUUUGGCGCCACCUGUUGCUUUGCAUACAUACAUCUCUGCGCCCUGAAUAGAUAUCGGGGGUCAGUAAGGCAUAUGAUUCUGUAAGACUGUAUAGGAUUAUGAUUUUAAAAUGUAGUAAUUCCAAGUAUUUGAGGAAGAAAAAAACCUACCAAGCAGAGGUGGGUAAACUAUAAAAACCCCUUAGUGUGUCACAUGUUCCCACUGAUAUUACCACAGCUAGUGUGGUACAACUGUAGUGUGUACAAGGCUUACCACUACUUUCAAUCACCCAGUAAACCAAAUCGGAUAAUAAUCCAAAUGAAUACUGAAAUACAAAACGACAUCUACCGUUUUUUUCGGAGUAUAAGUCGCUCCGGAUUAUGAGUCGCACCUGCCGAAAAUGCAUAAUAAAGAAAGAAAAAAAACAUAAGUCGCAUUUUUGGGGGAAAUAUUUUUCAUAUAACCCAACACCCAGAAUAGACAUUUAAAAGGCAAUUUAAAAUAAAUAAAGAAUAGUGAACUACAGGCUGAAUAAGUGUAGGUUAUAUGAGGCAUAAAUAACCAACUGAGAAGGUGCAUAUUAUGGUAAGAGUCGUUCAAAUAACUAUAACAUAUAGAACAUGCUAUAUGUUUAGCAAACUAUCUGUCACUCCUAAUUGCUAAAUCCCAUGAAAUCUUAUACGUCUAGUCUCUUACGUGAAUGAGCUAAAUAAUAUUAUUUGAUAUUUUACGGUAAUGUGUUAAUAAUUUCACACAUAAGUCGCUCCUGAGUAUAAGUCGCACCCCUGGCCAAACUAUGAAAAAAUCUGCGCCUUAUAGUCCGAAAAAUACGGUAGAUAUUAGGGGUGUAACGGUACGUGUAUUUGUAUUGAACCGUUUCGGAAAGGGGGUUCCGGUUCGGUACGGAGGAGUACCGAACGAGUUCCACAUGAACAUAUGAAGUAGCCGCCUAUGCUAAAGUCUUAACAAGCUCUGCCGUUCUGCCUCUGUCUCCUGCACAGCACCCAGCAUUGUCCCACCCACACAACCAUCUGAUUGGUUACAACAGUAGCGAUAACAAGCCAAUCAGCAGUGCGUAUUCAGAGCAUCUAGUCAGCGCUUCAGCGUCGAGCAGAUAGGUGUUUAGCAGGUGAGCAACGGACUCUUCCCAAGUUAAACACUUCCAAGUCAACUACUUUCUAAACAUCACUAUGAGCCCGUUGACCUUCUAGAAACAAGCUGCUCACUCGCAGUCCUGCCUUUAGGUAAAGGCUAGUUAGCUUUUAGCGUAACGUUAGCUCAUUUUGCGGCGUGUGUGUGUGUUACGGACAGUGUUGAUUGAGGUGUGUUGAAGCAGCAAAAAAGGACAUUAUGUUAAAUGAAGAGUUUCUGUCUCUGAUAGUGUAUAUAAUGUAAGUGCAUCAUAAAGCCUACAUGAACUCCUAUUGCUAUUGUACUAUUUUUUCAGCUAUAGUUACAUGAAUCGUUAGUAAUGUAGCAGCCUAGUUUUGAAUGGCAGGGUCCCUGCUAUCACAUGUAGAUACAAAUAUAACAUUUACAUACACAUGUAGAUACAAAUAUAACAUUUACAUAAUAAAAAAUCAACUACAGGCUUCCCCAUUGCUGCAAUAAAUUAAGCAUGAUGAGUUGACUUGAAACUGUUUAAUGUUGCACUUUUUAGAUGUGGAAGAAAAGUUGUCAUUUUAUUUCAUCUAAGCAACCACUUAAAGCAGUUUAAUGUGGAUUAACGUGGGCAGAAUUAUUAUAGUGUUCCCAAUGUUAAAAGGAUCAAGCCAUUGUUGACAAAUUUGGUAAAUAAAUAACCCCAAAAAAUUAUAUUUUGUUGUUUUCUUACUGUACUGAAAAUGAACCGAACCGUGACCGCUAAACCGAGGUACGUACCGAACCGAAAUUUCUGUGUACCGUUACACCCCUUAGUAGAUAUCAGGACUAAUCAUUACAGGUGUUUUUUCUCCUUACUGCGAGUUAAAUAGUUAGUCAUUUCCCACAACCCAAAUACUCAACCAUUGCUCUUUCUUAGACAUUCUGUUAACAAUUGAGCCUUGGUAGAGGUUUGUGCUCCCAUCAUCAUCAAAGUACAGUAAUUUGCCAAAAACACUUUUUGCACAUGCUUGUCAUUACCUUUGGAUACCACUUUUUACGCAGACAAUGCCGUAUUUUGGAUUGAAACGCUGAAAAAGACCCAACACGCUUGAAUGAAUGUUUUACAGUUCAAAUAUUUGAAGCUGAAACAUUAGUGAACAUUUAGUGAAGCGGCCAUUAGUGUCAUUUGAGCCAUUCCUGGGUCACUUUUAUGCAAACUUUCCCAUGCGGCUCCUUGUCAGGGAAGAGCGAGCUGAACAAUUAGACGUUGUUUAGCUGCAUCCAAAAAACACCUUUGCCAGCCUGAAAAUUGUUUAUUUGCAAUAAUUGCUUACGCUCAUAUUCUCCCGAGAGCCAAGCGUCCCAGUUUGCAAGGACACUUUUCAGCCUCGCAAAAUACACCCCUUCAACCACCCCAUUUUGUGCACUCCCCAACGGUGUUUGUCCGGCUAUUCAUGUCCCAAAAUGAGACAAAGCGGGAGGUUCUGCAUUUACUUUGUAGUCCAUUAACUCGACAUUUGCCCACCUCUGCUGUGUGAAAAGGUUGAAAAGCAUCCUUUCACGCCUCCUUCGUUCACACAGUAACCACAGGACUAUACGUCCUUUCAUUUUUGACCCUGUCUCAGGUUAUGAUGGGAAAUCGUUUUAUGUCUUGUGUUGUUUUCGUCUCCUGAGUACAUUUUUACAAGCAUCGCUUUGCUUAUGGAGUCAUCAGGAAACAAACAAGCGCUUUUUGUUGCCGUCGAAUAGGUUACUUUCACAUUCAGCCUGCUCAAAUUGCUGCUGCUGCUCCUUUCAAGCAGAUAUAGAAAGACAUAUAUAUUUAGAAGUACAUAUCAUAUAUAUGUGUGUGUCUGUGUGUAUAUAUGUAGAUACAGAUAUACAUGUAUAUAUGCAUAUUACAAUGUUAUAUAUACAUAUACACACACAUAUAUAUACGUAUAUAUAAUAUAUAUAUACACACACACAUACUACAGUGCAUCAUCUUGUUUGCUGAGAUUAUUUACCUGUUGUAACAAAUAAUGCAGUAAACCCGCCAGACAACACAUCACCACCCUGUCCAGUAUAAGCUAUUUUCAUAACACUUUCAGGAAGACACACGUGUAAAGUUUUCAAGAUUACAAGGUGACCAAAGCACUUAACACAGAAACUCAGUAAGUAGUGUUUUUGUUGUUUUUCUUAGAUUUUUGGUUGUUAGAACAACAAACACACAUUGAUGUUAAUGCUGUGAAUAUAUAAGUCCUUUUUUUUUUUUCACACCAAACUGUUUGUGAAAGUAAUCGACCAGCUUGUAUGGAAAGAUUUGCACUCGCCAGCUGUUGUUUGGAAAUCUGUUUUCAAUAAAACAUAUAUGCAGACAUUUUUAGACGUGUCAAGGGCAAAUGGUGUUUUCAUUUUGUGUUUCUGUACAUAUAUAUGUAUGUAUAUAUAUAUAUCUCUCCAAGGUGGUGUAUUUGUCCCCCAAUUCAAGUUUUCUUUCUAUAUUCUCGCGUUAGUUCACUUUUCUUUUGUAGUGUGACUUGUUUUGUGUCUUCCUUCGUGAUGCCCGUCUUUCAUCCAAAUAAGGGUGUGUAUACACGCCGUAGUUUGCCAUCUACAACACACACACACACACACACACACACACACACACAAUGUGACAGUCAUGUCAUACAUUGGAAGCUGCUCUAGUUUAGUAAAUAAAAAUGCUUUUCCAUCCUG